UGUAUUUUACAGCAUACUGGUUACCUUGAAAUAAAUUCAAAAGUGCAGAUUACUCUUAAAUAAGAAGAAAUAUGUUUGCCGUGACUAUUUGAGGCAUAACUUUAAUGACAAAAUGGUAGCAAGAUAUGGCUCUGGUAGUAAUGUCUUGGCAACUGGAGCAAUUUAUAAUUCUCCAUCAAGAUUUACCCCAUAUAUUGGACUACUUAUAGUUUUCAAGUUCCUUAGAGCAUUUGGAUUAUUUUUAAGUUAUGAUUUAUUGAAGUUGGUGCACAUUGUGCAGUUUUUAUUUAUUGUUAAAUUUGGGGCUGCUAUUUUCUUGCUGUUUCUGCAGAAGCCUUUUACAUCCGGACCAAGACUUACCAAACGCCAGUGGUUUAGAAUUCUUCGCCAUGCCUUUUUUGGCAGUACAAUUCAGCUCUUCUGGAUAUUUGGGUUAACACUGUGUGGUCCAGUCAGGACAAUCCUCCUGUUUGAACACAGUGACUUGGUGGUGAUAGCAGCAGCCAGUGCAUUGUUCACUGGUCAAGGAGGCAGUCCUGCUAAGAUCAGGGGAGGUGUAUUUAUGCUUCUUGCCAUUUUGGGAAUAUUAUUGUUUGAUCAUGAUGAUGAAGCUGCCCAUCAAUCUAAUUUUCAUCCCGAGGGACAUCAUCACCAUAGCAGUAUAAUCACUCACAUGUUUUACCAUGCAGUCAAUUGGUCUGGGUUAUCAGACCACAAGGGUGGUGUGGUUAUGUUGACAUUAACCAUAUGCCUUAAUGUAGGCUACAAUACGGCAUCAAAGAAGCUGUCAGUUGAUGUAGGGGGAGCUAAGAGACUGCAUGCCUUGUCAACAUUACUUUCAUCAUUGUUACUUUUACCAUGGGCUUCAUUUAUUUAUUUCACAAGAGAGAGUCAGAUCACAGUUUCCUGGAUAUAUGUGCUCUUCCCAUUUAUAUUUGUCACCCUCCUGGUGUUCAUACUGGACUAUUAUGUGGAGGCAGUAUGUGUCAACCGCCUGGAGAUUGCUCGCACUGCCAAGAUAGGAGCCAUUGCCAUAUUCACAAGUGCAAUUUUCCUGGGUUGUUUCUGGAACCAUCCGUUUGUCACCCACAUUACCACCAUGCAGGCUGUGCAGGAAAUAGUGAAAGAAGACCAUGUGCUCUCUGGGGGAGUCAUAUUUAGUUUUGUGUUGUUCAUGUUUAGUUCCCAUGUUCUUACCAACCCCAAUAAGGGGAGUAAAGGCAGUCUAGUAGGUUACUCUGCAGGUGGCCUGCCACUUUAUAACAUGGCAGAAGAGGCUUUCCAAAGGACCUCCCACUCUGUUGCCUUGGUGCUUAAGAAUGGUCUCAAACAAAUCCUGGAAGAGUCUGAUUCUAGAAGAAUAUUUUAUUUCCUUUGUAUGAAUUUGUUUUUCACUUUUGUUGAACUGGUAUAUGGUGUAUGGACAAACAGCUUAGGUCUUAUUUCUGAUGGUUUUCACAUGCUAUUUGACUGCUCAGCUCUAGUCAUGGGUCUGUAUGCAGCAGUAAUGAGCAGGUGGAAGGCUACAAGAGAGUUUUCAUACGGGUAUGAUCGUGUAGAAAUCCUGUCAGGAUACAUCAAUGGCCUCUUCCUAGUGGUCAUUGCUUUCUUUGUCUUCACUGCAGCACUUGGGAGGCUGUUUGAUCCACCUGAUAUCAAUACAGAUAGGCUGUUGGUUGUCUCGGUAGCUGGUCUGGUGGUCAACCUGUUUGGUAUAGUGGCAUUCAGUCACGGUCACUCCCAUGGUGGAGGUGGUGGUUCACAUGGUCACUCUCACAGCAAACCCAAACAACACAAUCACAGUCACCAUGGUCAUGGGCAUGGUCAUCACGGACAUGGUCACAGUCACAACAGUCACAACCACAGCCAUGGGGAACAAGAGUGUAGCACCAAAAAUUCAAAUAUGCAAGGUGUGUUUCUCCAUGUGCUUGCAGACACCAUGGGCAGUGUCGGAGUAAUCAUUUCUACCAUCCUUAUUGAAAACUUUGGGUGGAAUAUAGCUGAUCCAAUCUGCUCCCUUUUCAUUGCCUUUAUGAUAUUCCUCAGUGUUGUUCCACUUUUGAAGGACACUGCUUUUGUACUCCUGUUACGCAGUCCUUUAGAGAUAGAAGAAUCAUUACAAGUUGCGCUUCAAAAGGUGCUGUCUAUAGAUGGUGUUUUGUCCCUGAGAAAGCAGCAAUUCUGGAGCCAUACCUCCUCAGUAAUGUGUGGUUCAAUACACGUUGUGACAUCUCCUGAUGCCAGUGAACAGAAGAUAGUGUCACAGGUCACUGCAAUUUUUAAAGAAUUAGGAGUUCAAAAUCUCACAGUUCAAGUGGAAAAAGAGGCAUAUUUUCAACACAUGUCAGGGCUUAGUUCGAACUUUGAUGUUAUAGUGGAAAUGACGAAAAACAUUAAAGCUUUAAACUUUCAGGAUCCACAUAGUAUCAAGGCAGUAUAACACUGUAUCAGAGGCUUAGAGUUGAUGUCACAAAUACAAGGACUGGGAAAGUUGGUCAAGUAUUUUCACCUGAUGUAAGAGCUAGUGACAUACAGACUAUCACAGACACGCAAGGAUUCUUUCUGACAUCAACUUUGAUCCAUGAUAUUUUCUUUUCUGUGAUAUUAAAAAAGUAGAAGGGGCCAUAGGGAAGACCUGUUUGAACAAUAUUAUUGUAAAGAAAAGGGAUAGAUUUAAUAUAGUUGUUUGCUUAAGUUUA